UUUUGUUUGUAUCCCUGCAUUUAGACGGGCAUUUUAUUGUCGCAGGCAGGAGGACCACUGACACAAAGAGAAAUAUCGCCGGAUGGGAACAGCCCCUGGUCGUCUAGCUCCUGUAUUGUGUCCAAGCGGUGGCGACCCGAACGGCUGAACCCUGUCAAUUCCUAUUAUUCAGGUGCUGUGGUUUCAGCUCAUUCAUUCGCGAUGGCAGAACAGCUAUCGCCCGAGGAGUUACGGGAGAAGCGACUAGCUCGUCUAGCUCGGCCUGGCGUCGCGCUGCCUCCACAAGCUCCCGCAGCUGCCGAAAUCCCCGGCACAGCUCCGUCAAAGCUCAAUGAGGAGCAGGAUUCGCUCCAAUCUCUAGCGAACCACGACGAGGCCGCCAGACUCGCCUCCACCUCCGAGCCGAAGAAGGAAAUCGGUGAAAUUUCCGACGUGAUGUCUACGGCACCCUGCAAAACUCAGGGUGACUCGACCGUGAGCUAUUGUGAAAAAGUUCGGAAUGAAAAAAACACAGAUGUGACAUCGAGGGUGGACCAUAAUAUGAUGAAUGAUCCGAUUAUAUUUCUCGAUCCGGGCAAUAAGACCAUCAAAAGGAUAUCUGACCCAUCCCUCGGGACCGCACCUCCACCAAAGACCCCAAAGAAAGAGCAUGAGACCCUGGCUCAGAAAGUCCGGAAGGUUCUGCGGAGAAUAUAUUUGAAGGACUACCACGAGGAAGUGGCAUACUACGUCGAUGAAUCACCCUCCGGGUCGCUGAUGAUGGCGGAUGUGGUGCAACUGGUCACCUCAAGGACCAUAGCCCUCUUCAACGAGUACAAACAUCUAUUCGAGGCCUCAGCGGAUUCCGUGUCAUGCGAGAACUGUCCAGGAAACGAUACCGAAGUCAAAUACCUAGCCAGCUGCUAUCAUCGUACGUUCACAGAAGAGAUAGAGUUCGCGCGUCGAAGCGCUGAGCCGCCUAUACAGGAGCUUCUGCGUCAGAUCCGAGCCCAAUGUCUCGACUACAUGAGACUUCUCCUGGCGGCUCAGAUCCAGGACACGAAACGUGCACAUCUGAUGAUUGAAGAAUAUUUCGAUCAGAUGCUGAGGUUCAAAGUAUCCCCGAACUUCACAAUGGACUUCAUGAGUCGGUGCGACACGGAAUCUCGGAGAGCCAUCUUCACCCCGAUCAUAAAGCUCUUCCAAAUCCGGAUGGCGGGACCAUCCUACACUCGACCGAAAAGCGGCGACUACCUCGUCUUGUUGAAAUCAUUGUGCGAGAUGCGCGACGUCAAUCAGACUACUCGACCCUUCUGUGAUCUCCUUGCGGCGGACGAAUCUUUUCUGCCGGCGAACAUUAACGAGUUCUCGGGCAGAGAAAUAAUGUGUCGGACGUUUCUCGGGCCGUUUUUCUCCAUGAGUUUGUUCGCGCAGGACGACGCCUCCGUGGUUACUCAUUACAAUAUCUCCGAGAAUCCGUCCCCGAGGCCGGACGUUCAGCAUCUACAAUUCACCAUGCAGAGGAGCAGAGAGCUGGUCCACGAUAUCGUGCACAGUCUCCUCUUGAACGCCGCGUCGAGGCGUCGGACGCAGGACUGGAUCGUCGCGGUUCUCAAGUCUAACGAGAAACGAGCUCAGUUCCGACCGGAUGACAACGCCGUAGCUACGGACGGUUUCAUGGUGAACUUCACGUCGGUCCUGCAGAAGCUCAACGCUAAGGUCCGCAUCGAAAAAGUGGAUCCGUACUACUUGUUCCAACCCGGUCGUCGUUUCGACCUGAGCGACGAGACCUGCCUGCGGAUGACGUCGGCGGAGCGCGCAGAAUACGCAACGUCGCUCGAAGCCGAUCCCUCGUGGCAAAGAGAAGUUCGCUUCAGCACAGAGUGCAUGUUCUUCGCCAUCUAUUCGCAUCACCUGGGAAUCAUUUCCAGCACCCAGAGGUACAUCAGACGACUUCGAUUCAUUCGCGACCUAGGACGCGCAGUCGAGGAGUUAGAGAACACGCGCAAUUCGUGGUUGGCGGUUCAAAAUCUCGCCGUCCAGAACCAGCGAACCAUCGCGAAGUGGAAGGCUCAGAUCAGAAAGCUGAUCGUCAGCAAGAACGCCGCGGAAAUCGUUUUGUUCGAUAGACAGCUCGUCCAGGACUCUCUGGACUUCUAUUGCAGCAAGGCCGAGAUGAUGCUGCGAGUUUUGGGAGUUCAUUUGGGGGAAUGUUCGGAGAUCCCGCCGGUAUCGCCGCUAUUCUCCUCAUUCCCCGCCUGGUUCAUCGAGGACAUCGCCGAUUUCCUAUUGUUCGUCAUCCGAUACAAACCUCGACUUUUGAGCGAUCGAGUAUCUCCGUCCUUGGUGACGUUGUUGCUCCUUCCGGUCUGCGCUCCACACUACUUGUCGAACCCGUACUUGACAGCGAAGUUGAUCGAAGUCAUCUUCAUUGUUUCCCCGUACCUCCAGAGGAUAAACAAGGAGUUCUAUUCACAAAUCCGUAGAAAUCGAUUGGCCGAGAAGCAUCUGGCGGUCUCGUUGAUGAGACUCUACGCCGACGUAGAAACGACCGGAGCCUCUAGCGAGUUCUACGACAAGUUCACAAUACGCUACCAUAUCUCGGUGAUUUUAGAAUCUCUGCGAGAAAACUCACUCCAUCGACAGCAACUGAUCGAAGAAUCACGGAAAGGGAAACAUUUCGUGAGAUUCAUAAAUAUGUUGAUGAACGACACUACCUACCUACUCGACGAAAGUCUUCAGUCACUAACUCGAAUCAAUGAGAUUCAAAGUGCCAUGAGUGACACUCGGACCUGGAAUGCCCAAUCGAGAGAAGUUCAACAGAGCAGAAGGAGUCAGCUCACGACCGACGAACGCCAGUGCCGAUCGUAUCUCACGUUGGCGAAACAGUCGGUUGAUAUGCUUCAUUACCUGACGCAGGAUAUCCAAGAACCUUUCUUGCGGCCCGAACUUGUGGACCGUCUAGCGGCGAUGCUCGACUUCAAUCUGCAGCAGUUGUGCGGUCCAAAGUGCAACAAUCUCAAGGUCAGAGAAGGUGAAGUCAAUUACGGCUGGGAGCCACGGAAACUACUCUGUCAACUAGUCGACAUCUACCUCCAUCUCGACUGCGAUACUUUUCAUGAAGCGAUCGCCAAUGACGACCGUUCCUACAGACCGGAGCUCUUCAUUGAUACAAUCUACCGAAUGACAAGAGUGAUGUUGAAGAGCGAGACUCAGAUCGAGAAGUUCAAGGAGCUCGCAUCGAGAGUUCGGAAAAUCGCCGCGGAGCGUUUGAAAAUUGACCUUAGCGAUGCACCGGAGGAGUAUAGAGACCCACUGAUGGACACUCUCAUGGAAGACCCGGUAAUCCUGCCCUCCGGUCAAGUGAUCGAUCGCUCGACAAUCACAAGACAUCUGUUGAAUUCCGCCACAGAUCCUUUCAACAGACAGCCCUUGUCGGAAGAGGAGCUGGUACCCGCGGGAGAAUUGAGAGUCAGAAUUCUUGAAUGGAAAAAAAACAAGUUCGAGCAAUUUAAAGCUGCCGCCACCGCCUCGUCAUCCAGACCGUCUUGUCCGGACAAAGAUUCGUGA